GUCAGAACGUAUCUGGCGCAGCUAGAUAACAGCAAUACAGGUACUUAACCUAACAAAACUCUUUUUUGUGUCUGAUAUGUAUCAAAUCUCCAAGAUGCCAAAAAAAAAGCAAAUUAGAAGAGAACUCAUACCGUUCCUGGAUAAAUAUUGUUGCAUUGUAAAGACAGAUUUACAAAUAACAAUCCCAUUUUCUAAAAACAUGUUAACAUGAACAAUGUUGGCAGUGUUGAUUUUCAUCAACAGGAGAUAUUUUUUUUUUUUUUAAUGACACGUCCUUUCAUGUUUUCUUUUUUUAUUUUUCUGUAGCACUUCGACUUUCUUCAUACUAUAAUCCGCAAACCAGUAAAAUUGCUAUGCACUAAGAAAAAAGAGGUAUUCGAAACUUGAGUUUCAAGCUUUUUAAGUUAAACCUUAGGUAUUCGAACAAAUAUUUGUUUGUAUAGUAGCUUAAUUUUGAAGAAACUAAGAAAAGUUUUAUGAAUAUGUGUGAAUAAAUGUAAUAUUUAUAGUGUGUUUCUUCUUGUUAACCAUCAUGUUUGAUAUUGUUACAUGAAUUGCAACAUUUCAUAAAACUUCUCUUGGAUUGAUUACUGCAUGUUACUUUUCUCAUUUCAUCAACAUUGUUUUUUUGUUUUUCCUGAAAGAUACGCUAUCUGUUUCUCUAUUCGACAUUUAUAUAUAGAUAUAUAUCGUGAAACAUGGCAUGGCACUGCAGUGGAGCAACAAACCACGAAAUGAUAACUAAACUAAAAGGUAAGAUCUUUUUGUAAUAACUUUGAUAAAAUGGCAUUAAGCUCUAGAUUCUAUGGUAACAUGUAGGACAUAAUUGCGAAAUUGUAUUGUAGAAGCAGGUAUUCUAGCCACAGAUAGAGCAGAAGCAGCAAUGAUUGCUGUAGAUAGAGCACAUUAUUAUCAUGAAGCAAAUCCAUAUCUUGAUCAACCAAGAAAAAUUGGCUACAACGUUACAAUUAGUGCUCCACACAUGCAUGCAUAUGCCUUAUCUAUCCUCUCUGAUCAAUUGUUCGAUGGUGCAAAAGCAUUGGAUGUUGGUUCAGGAUCUGGUUACUUGUCAGCGUGUAUGGCAUUUAUGGUGGGUUCACGUGGUCGUGUGAUCGGGAUUGAUCAUAUUCCAGAACUAAUAGAAAUUUCAACAAAAAACGUAAGCGAAGAUUGUCCUCAUUUCAUCAAGGAAGAACGCGUUAAAUUCGUAGGUAAGAAAAUGCGCAGCUAUAAACGUGUUGCAAUUUCUAUUCACGAAUAGUUGGUAUCGGGAAAAAGGAAAAAGGAAUUCCUUGUCAAUACACGGUCUUUUUCCUACAACGUUUGAAAACUUCACGUAUUCAAGAAUUUGAAAGUAACGUAGAUGUGUUGAAGUAAAAAAUACUCAUAAUCCACCAACGUGGAGUAGGUAUGUACUUUGCCAUGAAGAAUCAAACAGGACUAUAUCCACCAACUGCGUGACUUUGACUGUGCGUUAUAUAAAAAAUAGACCAAAAACUAACAACAGGUCAUUGUAAAUGCGCCUAGUGGGAGACGGUCGAUUGGGAUAUGCUGCUGAAGCCCCUUACAAUGCGAUUCACGUUGGAGCGGCCGCAGAUACUUUACCACAACAGUUGAUAGAUCAAUUGACUCCUGGUGGACGGCUAAUUUGUCCGGUUGUUGCUAUAGAAGGUUUUCAAAGGUUUCAAGAUCUGGUACAAGUAGAUAAAAACGUCGAUGGUACGGUUAUCAAAAAAAAGUUAAUGCAGGUUUCCUAUAUUCCUCUUACCGAUCCUGCUACUCAAUUAGCAAACGAUUAUUAAUACAACGCGUCCAAACACUUAGAAAUUAUUUAAGCAGCUUUAAAUGUAGAAACACAAGAUCAUUGAGUACAAUGAUGAUUACUGCGUGAUAAAGAUAAUUUUCUCAAUAGAUGUUAAUAAUAUUUGAACGAAUUCUCUCGUAUUGUAUAAUAUUUCUUGAAAUAACAAUUUUUUUGUUUUGCCGAUACAUACAUUGAACAAUGUAUUUGUUAUUUAAUGUACAGAACUACUGAUAUUUAUUGAGGUAAAAUUGAUAAAAGUCUUUUCAGUGCUAAAUUAAGUUAAUAUUCCAAACUUUGUUAUUUUUGCAAAUAUUUAGAUAAAUAAUAAUCAUAUAUAUUUAGUAAAUUAUUCGUAGAUUUAACACAGAAAUUAUUUUGUAAUUAAUAAAAGUGAAUAAUAAAUGAUAAUUAUUUAUAAUGAGACAUACACAUGUAUGAUAUAUCUUGCAUGCUAUUAUAUCAAAAAUCAAAAAAUCUGAUCAUUUGUGAACGAUGGAAGUACUCGACUAGGGAAG